AUGGCUGCUGUCGAUGAGAUGGACUAUGACCUACAGGAUAGCAUGGACAGCACGGUGGCUUAUGCAGUGCAGUUGGCCAUGAAGGACAAGGAGGAGCGACUGGUAGAUCAGGCUCUCGACCGGAUACGACACGCGCAGGUUCAGGGCCAGAAGAACGUGCGUUUAUCGAAACGGGAGCUAGAGGCGAUCGAACGCAUGCGGACCGGGUCGAGAAGCGGAACCGAGCAAGAUACCCGUGCCAACGCUUGGAAAGGGACGUUGUUUGACAAUCGAUACCUGAAGCCUCCUGAAAGUUCCAGCCAGCGAGUUGCAGGGGAAGCACCUCGUGGUGGUUCCUAUGUGUCAUCCUCCCCGAGAAAGCACAGCGUGCCGUCUCCCCUUGCAGAAAACAACAGUGCUUAUGCCUUUUGGGCGCGCACUUCGGGUGCUUCUCACAACCCCGAAGCCUCACCCCGAUCGCCAUCUUCUCGCUCUCAGUCUAGUCACACGCCCCCUCGAUCUCCACUUCGGCCAGCUUACUUAUUGGAGCGUUUACCAGCAGUACCUCUUGUUCGCAAUCCUGGCUCCAUGCGGAGGCCGGCCUUCACGCGUACUCUCCACGACGAUACCCAAUGGGUAUCCUCCCAUCGGCCCCUUCAUCCUAUAGAAUCUCCGUCGUACCCGCUAGAUCCUCGACGCGACUCGGUCAGCCAUUCAGGAAAGACAUCAAUAUCUAGCUAUCGGAAUAUUUUUGAAGAUCGUCCUAACAGCGCACGGAGUGCGACUAUGAAUCAAGGGUGGCCGGGGAGAAUGACGGAGCAAUACCCCCGAGAGGAUGGAGCAAAUCGAAGCAGUGGGUUGGAGGACAGUAGCGAUGAAGUGCACAUAGUAGACGUGUUGGAGCGGCGAGUGCCGCUUGGCAUGCCAACGCGGGUGCCAGUUGGGAGAGGAAGUUAUCAUCGCGGCAGUCGUCCCUAA